GAUGAGGUGAGUAUCCAUAAAUAUUUCAGCGUUUGAAAGACAAUUCGAAUCAACUCGAUUUACCAAGUAUUGGAGAAACAGAAAACGAAAAAUUUAUUACGAUCUAGCAAGAGAAAUAGAUUUAACAGAUUCGGAUUUUUCAUGACCAGGGUCAGCAAAAGCUAAUAAGUUAUAGAAGAAAAAGAAUUUUUCAUGAUUCAAGCAGCGUGUCACCUUUAACCUAUUCAAACAAAAAUGUCUGACGAAAAAUCUACAGUGCAAGAAUUUAAAUUGGAUCCGGACUGUGAAUUAAGAUUCGAAGUGGAAAGUAAGAAUGAAAAAGUUACAUUGGAGUUGAAGAAUGGCUUGGCAGAAGUAUUUGGAACAGAAUUGGUAAAGGGUAAAAAGUAUGAGUUUACCGCUGGCGCAAAAGUUGCGGUUUACACUUGGCAAGGUUGCACUGUUGAAUUAGUUGGGAAAACCGAUGUCAGCUAUGUGGCAAAGGAAACUCCUAUGGGUUUGUAUCUUAAUUGUCACGCAGCGAUGGAACGGAUGAGAGAAACUGCAGAGAAGGACGACACUAGGGGUCCGAUAACAAUGGUCGUAGGUCCCUGCGAUGUGGGAAAGUCUACACUUUGUAGGAUAUUACUGAAUUAUGCCGUCAGGAUGGGCAGAAGGCCAAUUUUUGUUGACCUCGAUGUUGGUCAGGGACACAUAGCGAUUCCUGGUACAGUGGGUGCUCUGCUGGUGGAACGGCCAUCCAAUGUAGUGGAAGGAUUCAGUCAGCAAGCUCCUCUAGUCUUUCAUUUUGGACAUAAAACACCACAAGCCAAUGUAACACUGUACAAUUUACUAGUCACACGUUUGGCAGAGGUUUGUUCAGACAGACUACAAGCUAACAAGAAAGCCAAAGCCUCUGGAAUUGUUAUAAACACAUGUGGCUGGGUUAAAGGCGAUGGCUACAAAUUGCUCACGCAUAGUGCACAGGCAUUCGAGGUGGAUGCGAUACUUGUGCUAGAUCAAGAGAGACUUUACAAUGAACUGGUGAGAGAUAUGCCGGAUUUUGUGAAGGUGGUUUUUUUACCGAAGAGUGGCGGGGUUGUCGAGAGAAGUCGCGCAAGGACCGAAGCUAGAGAUCAGGGUGUCAGAGAAUACUUUUAUGGUUCUCGAACUCCAUUAUAUCCACACAGUUUUGAGGUAAAGUGGAGCGAGGCUAGAUUGUAUAAGAUUGGAGCACCUGUUCUACCAGCUUCCUGUAUGCCGUUGGGCAUGAAGGCGGAAGAUAAUUUGACAAAAUUAGUGGCUGUUACACCAGGACCUAGUUUGUUACAUCAUCUCCUGUCUGUCUCGUUUGCCGAUUCUCCCGAGGAUGAUGUCGUGCAGACUAACGUGGCUGGAUUUGUCUGUGUAACCAACGUGGACGUCGAGAGGCAGACGUUCACUGUAUUAAGCCCACAACCUAGACCGCUGCCUAAUACAGUCCUGUUAUUAUCAGAUAUACAGUUUAUGGAUAGUCAUUAGUUACACGAAUAGACAUCAAUUAAUUAAUGUAAAUAUGACAAAUAUGACAUAAAGAAAUCUUUUUACAAUACAAUAUUAGAGAUUUCAGAUAA